CGGGUUUUGAUGCAUCCUUGGCCAACACCAUCUUCUAUAGACCGGUGAAUACAUGAGCAGUCAAACAAAUGGUGUUUGAACUCGCCUCGAUAUAGCUCCUGCAACUGCUCGGGCACUUGGAAUCCAUUUUCCAAUGUACCGAACUCCCAUCUGUCGAUAAAAACAGGGGGCCCCAGUCACUUUUCACAUUGUCAUUGCCAUACUUUAAUGGGUGAACUCGCCUCCAGUUCGCUCGCUUCCUCACUCGCUGUCUUGCAGUACUGCUGCCGAUUUAGACAUGAUCACUUAUACCCCCAAGCGUCCGCGAGAGAAGGAGGACCAUGAGCCCGAUGGAAUCACAAGUCAUGGAAAAAAGAAACAUCGCUCUUUACCUCUACGUGCCUCUUCCCAAACAAAUAGCAGUUUCCCGUUCUUGAAAAGUGACCAGAAUGCCCCACAAGUCGGCGUGUCGAGUCUGACCCCAGCGGAGUCCUCGGAGGACGAUAAUGAUCAUGGACAUCGUGGUGACAACCCUCGCAGCUGCUUAAUGGAAGCAGAGUAUCAGCAGGCCCAAUCUGUGCUUUCAGCCGCUCGGUAUGGCACGGAAAUGGACGUUGACAACGGCAACAAUGUCGGUGUGGAUUUUGUUGACGAGAGCUGCAAUGACCGCUCACAACAAUCCCCAAUACCACCCAGAGUCAUCUACCGCUCGCUCACAAUAAGCGAGCAACAGACUACACGCCUUGCCCUUGAAACCUGCCCCUCUGCGGUCGAUUCCACUGAGAACAUGGAACAUCGAAACGGUGCAUAUCGUACACGUCGCGAUGCUUUGGAUGACUUGUACAACGACCGCAAUACAGCUUGGUGGCGUGAUCAACAUCUUCCCAGCCCCGUUAGUGACGGCGAUGCCAUGGCCAUCAGUAGCAAAGAUUCGGCUAGCGAUGCGGAUAUGGCCUACACUAUGUCGCGCCCGGCGUCCCCUUCUUCUGGACAGAUGAGUGGCAUGUAUAAGAGCAUGCGUGAUUCAAACCCUUCGCCGGGUACUAUUACAGGGGGUGAAACCAGCCCAAAGAAGUUGACAUUCUCGAUGGGCUACCGGUCUGAUUGUGAGAAAUGCCGACGCAAGGUCCCUGGUCACUACAGUCACAUUAUACGCUGUUGAUAUUUUUAUGAUACCCUAGGCUCACGGUGUUUCUCGAUGUUCCUUGUUUUACGUUUCUUAUUUUACACGUCAAAUGUAGUGGUCGAUACGGAGCACAACAGGCUGCUGUUAUAUAAAAUUCC